AUGAAAGCUCAGGUAGCAAUCAUGGCACUUUUAAAAUUGAAAAACAUAAGGAAAUCAAAUCUACGUGAAAUCAUAGAGACUUCAGAUUUAUUUAACAAAGACUUAAAUGAGCUAUAUGAAAUUGUUCGUGAAAAACUAAAAAGUUCCCAAAAUUUCAAUGAAUGGAAAAAGAUUUAUAAAAUCUCAUCAAAUGAAUUUUUGCAAGCCGAGUUAUUUGAUAUAAAAAUAAUCACAAUCCUAGAUAAAGAAUUUCCAGAUCAAUUGAAAAAAAUUCCUGAUCCUCCUAUGAUUCUAUUUGGAAAAGGUGACAUUUCUCUAUUAAAAUUUCCUUCUCAGGUUGCAGUUGUAGGCACUAGAUACCCAACUUCAUAUGGCUCACAGCUAUCAUAUGAAAUAAGCUCACAAUUAACACAAAACAGUAUCUUAAUAGUGAGUGGCCUGGCCUUAGGAAUUGAUACACAAGCUCAUUUGGGGUGCUUACAAAAUCAGGGUAAAACAAUCUCUGUUUUAUCUCAUGGAUUAGACUAUAUCUAUCCACCUGAAAAUAAAGUAUUAGCUCAAAAAAUCAUUGAUAAUGGAGGAUUAUUGCUCAGUGAAUAUCCUCCAGGAACAAAGCCUAAGAAAUUUAGAUUUUUAGCCAGAAAUAGAAUUCAAAGUGGAUUGUCGCAAGCUGUUGUGGUGAUAGAGGCUAAAAAAGGUGGGGGAACCACUACUACUAUUAAACAUUGCAUUAAACAAGGAAAAAUUUUAUAUUGUGUAAACCCAGGAAAUGAAGGAAAUAAAGCAGAUUUCGCAGCAAAUUUCUUUUUCAUUGAAAAUGGAAAUGCUAAAAGUUUGGAAAAUGGAGAAAUCCAAGAUUUGUUGCAAGAUAUCAGAAAUACUAAUUAA